CGCGCGCGACUGAGCCUCGCCGACGCCCGUUGCCUUGGUCACGAAUGGUAAACAAACCGAAGCAAGCCGAAGCUAGCCGAACGCCCAUCUGAUCGACUCGAUCGUUUCGUAAACGUUAUUAUUGUUCAGGGCGCGUGCAGAGCAGACAACACACAGCAAUGGACUGUCCAACCCACGACCGGAUGCUGGCCCAGAAGUGCGCCCAGCAGCUCGCCACGGAGCGCGACCCCAUCGAGCGCUUCAAGCUGAUGGCGCUGAAGCACGGCUGCUCCGGCAUCAAAAGCAUUGGCACAAAAUUCCGACUGAUGGACACUUCCGGUGACCGCAAGCUGACAUUUGAUGAGUUCGUGGAAGGAUGUCAGAGAGUGGUUGCCCGGAUGUCGAAAGAGGAACUGAAAACUGUUUUCGACGCGUUCGACAAGGACGGAAACGGCUAUAUGAAUUAUGAUGAAUUUCUGGCCGCCGUCAGGCCAGGAAUGUCUGAAGCACGCAAACGGCUGGUGAUGGAUGUGUUCAUCAGGCUAGACAAGACGGGUGACGGGGUCAUCACUGUUGACGACAUCCUGGACUCAUACAACGUCCGCUCGCACCCGAAGUACCAGAACGGGGAGAUGAGCAAGAAGGAGAUUCUCACGCAAUUCCUCACCAACUUCGAGGUUGGCGAUCACGUGGACGGAACAGUCACGAGGAAGGAAUGGGAAGAUUACUAUGCUGGCAUCAGCCACAGCAUCGACGAUGACAGCUAUUUCAGACUGAUGAUGAACAAUUCUUGGAAUCCUCCACCACCGUUUCCGCGAAAAUAAAGAUGUAAGGUUUGAAGAUCUAUCGGAUGUCUACACCGCUCACUCUCGAUGUGAAUAAUUUCAAACUUACAUAAUAGUGACAUUGAAGUGUGAGAGUUUGACCACAGAUUGUCAUGGUUGUUCACCUGUGAUGUUUUUACAUCAAUUUUUAAUACUGUUUGGAGACAUUUUUGACUAUUGUGUAUUCUUUGAAAAUGUUAUCUUCUUCACUCAUGGUGACGGUGCUUCUCACCAUAGUUUAUUGUUUGUUUGAAAAAGUGAUCUUGUCAUUGUGCAACAUCUGUUUUACUGUUGCGGAAAAUGAUUGUAACUUGCUCACUAUGUACAAUGAAGACACUGUUUGUCAUGAUUAAAAAGGAUGAAAUGUA